AUGACCGAAACCCAACAGAACGCUGCCACCACCUCCCGCUUCGGCGACUGGCCCGCCACCAAGGUCCGUGACACCUUCACCGGCUACUUCCAGAAGCGUGCACACACCUUUGUGCCUUCCUCUUCCACUAUUCCUUAUGAUGACCCCUCCCUCCUCUUCGCCAACGCUGGUAUGAACCAGUACAAGCCCAUCUUUCUCAGCAUUGCAGACCCCAACUCCUCCUUUGGCUCCAUGAAGCGCGCCGUCAACUCGCAAAAGUGUAUCCGUGCUGGUGGAAAGCACAACGAUCUUGACGAUGUCGGCAAGGACACUUAUCACCAUACCUUCUUCGAGAUGCUUGGUAACUGGUCUUUCGGCGAUUACUUUAAGAAGGAGGCUAUCGAGAUGGCAUGGGAGCUGCUUACCGUUGUUUACCGUCUGCCAAAGGACCGUCUCUAUGUGACUUACUUUGAGGGCGAUGCAAAGCAGGGUCUCGAGCCUGAUCUUGAAGCUCGUGACCUUUGGCUAAAGGUGGGUGUUGCCGAGGACCACAUCCUGACCGGUGAUGCCAAGGACAACUUCUGGGAGAUGGGUGCUACCGGCCCUUGUGGUCCUUGUUCCGAGAUUCACUACGAUAGGAUCGGCGGCCGCAACGCCUCCGACCUCGUCAACAAGGACGAUCCCAAUGUCAUCGAGAUUUGGAACAACGUUUUCAUGCAAUUCAACCGAGAGGACGAUGGUUCCUUGCGACCUUUGCCCGCAAAGCACAUCGACACUGGUAUGGGUUUCGAGCGUCUCGUCUCCAUUCUCCAAGACAAGCCCUCCAACUACGACACCGACGUUUUCACUCCUAUCUUCAACAAGAUUCAGCAGCUUACCAGUGCUCGUGCCUACACUGGCAAACUCGGCGCCGAGGACAAGGACGGUAUCGACACCGCCUACCGUGUCGUUGCGGAUCACGUCCGAACUUUGACCUUUGCCAUCUCUGACGGUGGUGUUCCUGACCGUGAUGGCCGUGGCUACGUCUUGCGACGUAUUCUCCGUCGAGGAACCCGUUACGUGCGCAAGUAUUUUCAAGUUCCCAUCGGUUCCUUCUUCUCGCAGCUCGUACCUACACUCGUUGAUCAGAUGGGUCACUUCUUCCCCGAGAUCACCAAGAAGGUCGACGACGUCAAGGCUAUCUUGGACGAGGAGGAGGCCUCCUUUGCUCGCACACUCGACCGAGGUGAGAAGCUCUUUGAGGAGUACGCCGCCAAGGCCAAGGCGGACGGCAAGAAGCAGCUCAGUGGUAGCGAUGUCUGGAAGCUUUACGAUACCUUCGGCUUCCCCGUCGAUCUUACCCUCAUCAUGGCCGAGGAGCAGGGUCUUGGUGUUAACGAGAAGGAGUUCGAAGCUGCUCAGGCCGAGUCCAAGGAGAUUUCGAAAGCGGGUGGCAAGAAGGGUGAGACCGAGGCGGUCAAGUUUGACGUUCACGACCUUGGUCACCUCGAGAAGGAUUCUUCCGUCCCCAAGACUCAGGAUGACUUCAAGUACGGUGUCAACUCGGUCAAGGCUAGCGUCAAGGCCAUCUACCAAGACCAUGCCUUCUUCCCUGAGACUACCAAGAUUGGCGAUCGUGCCAAGAACUUCGGUAUCUUGCUCGACCGCACCUGUCUCUACGCCGAGAGCGGUGGUCAGCAGGCUGACACUGGUUCGAUCGUAAUCGAUGGCAAGACCGAGUUUGUCGUCGAGGAUGCUCAGGUCUUCUCCGGUUACGUUCUCCAUAUUGGUCACCUCAAGCGCGGCGAGCUUUCACUCAACGAUGAGGUUGUUGUCUCGUACGACCAGAGCCGACGUGGUCCUUUGCAGUCCAAUCACACUGCUACGCACAUUCUCAACUUUGGUCUGCGUGAGGUUCUCGGCGACCACAUUGAUCAGAAGGGCUCGCUCGUCGCUCCUACCAAGCUCCGUUUCGACUUUUCGCACAAGCAGGGUGUCAACGUGCAGGAGCUCAAGAAGAUCGAGGAUAUUUCUAUCGAAUGGAUCAAGCGUGAUGUCGGCGUCUACUCCAAGGAGAUGCCUCUUGACACUGCUCAGCAAAUUCCUGGUCUUCGUGCCGUUUUCGGUGAGGCCUACCCCAACCCUGUCCGCGUGGUGACGCUCGCGUAUGACCUCGACACCAUUGCAAGCGACAUUGAGAACCCCAAGUGGCGCGGUACCUCAGUCGAGUUCUGCGGUGGUACUCACGUUGCCAAGACCGGUGAGAUCCGCGAAUUCGUCAUCACCGAAGAAUCUGGCAUUGCUAAGGGUAUCCGUCGUAUUAUCGCCGUUACUGGUGACGAGGCUGCUGGUGUUACCAAGGUUGCCAACGACGCUGAAGCUCGUCUUGUCGAGAUCGAUGCCAUUGAAGAGCAGGCUGCCAAGGAUGCUGCUCUCAAAGCCUUUGGUACACGGCUUGCCCAGCUCGACAUUAGUGUUGUUCGCAAAGCCACCCUCAACGAGAAGUUCUCGGCUAUCCGAAAGAAGCUCGAUGCAGGCCUCAAAGCCAAGGACAAAGCCGACACCAAAGCUGUCGUUGACGCUGUCGAGGAACACUUCAAAACCAACCGCAACGCCUCUUGCUUUAUCCACAAAUUCGACGUCGGUUCCAACAUGAAGGCUCUCCAAUCGGCUAUGAACACGGUCAAGAAGAUGGAUAAGACAGCCUACCUCUUCUCGCAAGAACUCGACAUCAAUGGCACCAAAGUGGCAGAUGGUAAUGCACUCAAAGCUAAAGUUGUCCACGUCGCUUACGUUAGCAAGCACGACCAAACCAAGGGACUUAACGCCAAGGAAUGGAUCGAGACCUCGUCUCAGCAUGUCGGCGGUAAGGGCGGUGGAAAGCAAGACUCGGCUCAAGGUGUAGGUGAGAUGGGCGGUCAGGCUCUCGACGAUGCAGUUGAGGCCGCAAGGAGAUUCUACACGCUCAAGUGCGAGGAGAGUCCCGUUCCUCUUCAGUAG